UCGGCGAGUCCUUUCCGUCUAUCAGGUUCGAAGUCUUCGAUCUCGCCGUCGCCUCUUUAUACGGCUGCUCCCAAAGAAGAGACCCGCUCUCGCUCUCUUCGCACUUCUCGGGUCGCCGGAGAUGAGAUCUCUUCGCCCCACAUCCCUCCUCCCCUUCCUUCUUCUUCUCCUUCUCCUCUUCUUCUCCUUCUCCUCGGCCUUCCAAUCCGACGAGCUCCUCCAAGACGACGAGGAGUUCGGCCUCGAAGGAGCCCCCCGCUCCCCCGAUCUUGACCACCCAAGCCCUACCCGUCCCCCGCCCCGGCGGAGGCCCAAUCCUGAUUUCUCUUCCUCCGUUUCCUCCUCGGAUUCCAAGUCGGUCCAGUUCGUGCUCGAGCAUGCCUUCGGCGACUCCGAUUUCUCCCCCGCGGGGACCUUCACCGCCCGGCUCAAGUCCUGGAGCCACGGCAGGCAGACUCUUACCAAGCUUCGCUUUUCAAGGAAUGCUCUUACAGAAGCAGAGAAGGCAGUAUUUGAAAGGCUACUGAAAGAUGAUGACUUUUAUAGGAUUCGAGUACCCUCUAAUGUAUUAAGUCCUCCAGGAAAAGAUUAUGUUCUUUCAUCUGUCAGAGCUAGGUGUAUUCCCCGUGAGACUUUGGAUGAGCAUUUUGUAAUUCACAUGUAUGGUGUGAAUAUUUUGGCAGUGAACUAUGGUUCUGCUGGUGCUUGCCAGUACCCACGUUUGCUAAAUUAUCCAGCAAAAUGGUCAUUCAACUCAUACACACUUCUGAAGAACAGCGAAGAAGCACCGAGAACUCCAACAUUUGCUGAAGAAUUGCUUGCAGGGGAGAGUGGACUUGGUGAAGGCGUAAAACCACCUGAAAAGUCGUUUUGGGCUAAAUAUUGGAUGUAUCUAAUCCCUCUGGGUCUCAUUGUCAUGAAUGCCAUCACGCAAGCCAUGAACAUGGCUGAGGAACCGACUGCUGGGCAGCCUGCAUCGCAAGGGCAGCAAGCGGUUGCACAGCGGGCACCAAAUGCUGCUGUCAGAAGAAGAUGAUAGCUUUCAGGCUUUGACCAAGGCAGGGGUUGUGACCAUGUAAGCGCCCAGCAGUUUGAGCUUGGAACAGCAGCUAGAUGAAAACUGAUUUGUCUUGUAUUCCCUGUUCAUGAAAAGUUACGUUAUGUAGACUUUCCAAGAAGCUGCCAUGCAAUAGGGCAUCAUGACAUUCUUGUGCUGAGGGGACGUGUCAUUGCUACUGUUGGAUCCACAUGAGAGUUUCAUACCCUUAGAUGAUGAGUGUACCUUCGGGGAAAAUUGAUAUCUAAUUUCUCUUUGGAGGUGAUAUAAUAUGUAGUGGACUGGUUCAUUGUUUUUCGUUCUAUUCCAUUUUUCGUUUUCAUG